AUGCAUGCAUGCUUAAGGUUUACCUCCACCUCCUCCGCCAACACCAACACAACAGCUCCAACACCAACUCCUACCCCAAUGCCAAUUCCAAAUCCUCCACCUCCACCACGACCUCCGCCACCGCCAACACCUCCACCUAAACCUGCCCCACCUCCACUUCCUACACCACCACCUGCACCAAAGCCUCCACCUCCUCCUCCACCACCACCACCACCACCUCCUCCCCCUCCUCCUCCUAUUCCUACACCACCUCCAGCACCAAAUCCUCCUCCAUGGCCUCAACCUCCACCCAAACCACCACCUGCUCCAAAGCCUCCACCAUAUCCUGAGCCACCACCCAGUCCAACUCCUCCUCCUCCUCCUCCACCACCAAUGCCUCCUCCAGCUCCAAAACGGCAAAACCUCCACCUUGACCCGCCCCGCCACCAACACCACCUCCUCCGCCGCCGCCAAAGCCACCACCACGCGACCCAACCCACCCCUACAGCCUCCAAAUGGACAAUUAUCGCCAAAAACAGUGAUCACACUCAACUGAAGAACAAUGCACAUUACAACAACACUCACGGAAACCCAUUUCCGAUGGAAACUAGUAGUGACACCCAUAAUUGCCGAAACAAUACAAAUACACACACUUUAUCCACUUGCUGUUGCUGCUCUUGCAUUGCAGAAUGA